GUUUAUCAUUUUAUGAUACAGUGUAAUAGAAUAAUAAAAACUAACCACGUGUAAAAUGGUCCGACUCGCAGAGUUAGCUGGUGAUGAAUCAUCUGGUGAUCAGUCACGGACGUUCGUCUUUCAGGACGAAGGACAUACAUUAGGAAAUGCUCUUCGGAGUAUAAUUGCGCACUACCCUGACGUUGAUUUUUGUGGUUACACGGUACCACAUCCUGCAGAAGCUAAAAUGCAUUUUCGAAUUCAAAUGAAAAAAAACGGACGUGCUAUAGAUGCACUAAGACGUGGUCUCAAAGAUUUAGAUGAAGUUUGUGAUCAUGUUAACCAGGUUUUUACUGAAAAAUAUGAAGCAUUUGUAAAUCAACAAUAACUUCUUUAAUAUAUAAAAUAAUUAAUUUUUUUUUACAUUUUAUUUUUAUAAUAUUAAUAUUUAUUGUACAAGAACUAUAGUAUUUAAUUAAAA